CCAGCACCAGCAACCGAAUGCAAGAGCAUGCCGUGCAAACUGGCCACGGCCUUAUCUUCAGAGGACUGGCAUUUGGCGUGGCCUGCAGGCAACACUCGAACUUCCGGACAUCGUUUCUUUAGUAACUUUGCAGAUUCGCACGACGGCAACGACGUUACUCGCGAGAUCGUCGGCAAAGGUUCCAACAAGGAGACGAAGUUGACCCACCAGGGCGGCAAAGAUUCCGCCUUAGGUGUCGACAAAUCCUCGGAGGCCAAGGACCAUAAGGAUGCUCCGGCUUCGCACAAAGAUGCAGGAAAGGAUGAGAAAGCAGGUGAAGCUGACACCAAAAAACACGACAGCGCUGACGCAGCGGAAGAUGCCAAGGGAAAGGGCAAAGGCAAAGGACUUGUAGACGAUGUGAAGGGAAAAGGCAAAGGGAAGGGUGGCCACAACCACCACCGUCACCACAGCCGUCGAUCUCGCCAUCGCCAUCGCCAUCGCCGUCAUCGAUCGCAUAGCGCGUCACAUCACCGUCGCCAUGCCAGUGCCUCCAAGCGAAUGAAGCACUUGUUGCAACGUCAACGUCAACUUCGCUCGCUCUCGCCCAGGGGCCGUUCACGGGGCCGCUCACGGUCACUUUCACCGUGGCGUUAUGGUGACCGCUUCUCAAGCUCUCCGAAGUCCGUGGCGUCUCUCCGGCGCAGCGUGGGGCUGCUUGAAGUCCCGAAGACUACGUCCUCCCGUGCCUUGGACGCUGCGCAUGCUGCGCCUGCUGUGCCCUGGGACGGCCUGGGACGGCGACGGCCCAAGGAUCAGGCUACCGCCUUUCUCUUCAACAUUGGCAAAGACGCUGAUGAAGCGAAUCAGAUUGAUCAAGAAACGGAUCAACUGGAGAUCCAGGAAGAAGCCAAAACCAUCGUCAACGCGGAGGGUGCUGGAUAUGACCCACCCACUGGCGUGGAAGAAGGGGAAGAAGAUGAGUUUGAACAUGAGAUGGAGGAGAUGCCUCAGGGAGCAGCGGCAGCGGCAGCGGGAGACUUCUCUCAGCCCAGUGGACCAGGUUGCCAGUGCAAUGAAUGGGAUCCUUUGACCACAGCGCUGCCUGAAGAUAAGCAACAUGCUUCGCUGGUGAUGCUCCAACGCCGCAUUCGUCCAGAGAACCACGUUGCCCCGUCCCUGCGUGAAGCCGCUGCCUCGGUGGAGCAUGCCGGGCGCUUGUUCGAAGGAUGGGUUCAUCGGAGGCAGCAGCUGGCGGAUGUGCUUCCAGACCUCGCGGUGAAGAUGGAAUCCUGCCAUAAUCGCGCCAAGAACUUCGCGAAGUCGGCGGCGGAAAAGGCGCUCAACGGAUUGGAAGAAAGGCUCGAGGAGGACGACGUUUUCUUCUCGUCGGAGCCAGGUGGUAGUAUUUCCAACUUGGUCUCUGCGGGCCGGAACAUGGUGCGUGCUCGCGUGAAUAUCGUGGCCCGUGCUGAGCGGCUGGAGGACGAGGAGCUUAGCUCAACCCACCGGCCUGCGAUGCGCCUGUUGGAUAUUUCCAUGGGUCGCCACGGUCAUGCAGCUAGAUUGCAUCGGAAGCGUGGAUGA